UUGACGUGUUUGCUGCUGCUGCUGCAGCCGGGGUGCUGUGUUCUGGGACGAAGCAGCAGCAGUUACAGGAGGGCAUGGGUCACUGUCCAGCUCUGGAGUCACAGUUCUGCCUAGGAUUUUCACCCCUGUACUGCCUUGGAUACAGCAAGUGUCAGCCAAUGUAUAAAUACUAAUCUUCCUAACUCCUGGAGACCUGCAGAGUAUCACUCCCCCAGCAAUCACAAGACCGCCGAGAUUUAUAUGAUUUUCUCCCAGCAAGCGCCAGCGGUCUGCAGAGCAUCACUGCCUCCGUAUUGACUAGCCCAGGAUUGGAGAGCGACAUCGACCAUAUUUACAGCAACUGCCUGAAAGUCUGCAGAGUAUUCCUUUUCCACAAUCCACGAACACAAUAAUAGGGAGGAUCGCUCAGUAACCUGCAGAGCAUCACUGUCCCAGCACUGGCAAUCAUAACAUUGCAGAGACUUUUCUGCUCACAUGCCAGUAACGGCCGGAGACUUGCAGAGCAUCUCUCCUCUGGCAUAAACUAGCACGAGAUUGCAGGGAUUCGUCUGCGUUACUUAGGUACAUAAGAAGCUGACCCCUCCGUCCUGUUCUGGAGCCUGGAUUAAACAUGGUGGACAGCGUAACGCUCAGCUACUGUGUGGUUGGCUGUAGUUUUAUUUUUUUCCAAUUUCUUUUCUCUGUCAUCAGUCCUAGAGUCUCACCAAAGCUUUCCGACACCUACACCCACCUCAGCUAUGCAAAGCAGUGUGAUUGGGACUCCAGGUUUGUCUCUACGAUCCAUGCAUUGGUCGUAGGGUCUUUCUGUCUCUACAUUUUGGCAUUUGAUGAUGCGGUAUACAAUGAUCCCAUAUGGGGUGAUCCUUUCCAAGUGAGAAUUAAUAUUGCAAUCACCUCCGGCUACCUUGUCUAUGACCUGCUGUUCUUUGCACGUUUCUGGAAGGAGAAUAAAGACCCUUAUAUGGUGUGUCACCACUUUGCGGUGGUCUAUGCAUACAGAUUUGUGUUGGAGCGAGGGGUGCUGCCAUAUUUUGCCAACUUCCGGUUGAUUUGUGAACUAUCAACGCCAUUUGUGAAUCUCAGGUGGUUUCUGGAUGUGGUCGGCUUUCCACGCUCCUCCAAGCCGGUCCUCCUGAAUGGUAUAUCUUUGACCAUUGUGUUCUUCAUUGUCCGCAUCGCUGUGAUUCCCAGCUACUACUCCAUGAUGUUUUCCACGUUUGGCGCAGAGGGUUACAUCAGGGUGGGCAUCGGGCCGCAGGGGGCAUGGAUUGUAACCAGUGCGAUAUUGGACAUCCUCAAUGUUUUCUGGAUGUAUAAAAUUGCUCGUGGAUUUUACCGUGCUGUUAAAGUAAAACCAGGAAAGCCUGAACGCAGCUGCAGUGACUCGGAUCGUGGUCUCCCGUUGUGCACGCGUCUCGUCACUCUGCGGCUGGACCACACCCAAGCAGAGAAAUGAUGUAUCUCUGCCUUCCUGUGGAAAAGACAAUAUUAUACCUCAUCAAGUCACAUCCUCAGCUGUCCCAUAUUAUGUCAAUGGAAAUCUGGCCAUGCCUUUGCCAUCGAAUAUCUUCAUUCUGCAUAAAGGAUCCUCGCGGGUCACUUUCGGAGCCAGUUCCAGUAAACCGCCUUUGGGAACUUCUUAUUAAUUUAGCAAACCCUGGCACAUCAGGAGAUGGGAUUCAUUAGUAUACAUUCUGUGCUUGAUUUAGAGUUGGACGCCAGGUAGGAUGUGCUUCUUUCUGCAUGUAAAUGCAUCCGGACUUAGAGAAGGAUGUAAUUUGCACAUGAUAUACCCUGAAGAAGCAGACGGGGGCGUGCCAGUUCAGUACAGUAGGAGCAGGCGUGUGGCGCGUCUCUACUGGAGAUGCAAACCAUUUUUCAGAAGCAUACAGUAUAAUGGGGGUAAUUCCAAGUUGAUCGCAGCAGGAAUUUAGUUAG